AUGAAAUAUAGGACUCGCGCGCUCAUACUCACUCCAAAAGGCCACCCCCGCCGGGCAAUCCGACACUCUGCGCUGGGCGUGUCGUACAAAGAUCAAUACGAUCGAUCGGGGGAGCUCGAUGAUCUUAUUAAAUCGAUCGAGUGCAAUUUUCAGGUAUCAUAUCCGGGCCCAUACGAAGAACUAAACGAUUGGCAAAAAUCGAUUGCAUUCGACUCUCGUGCACUCGCACUCACCCCUGUUGGCGACCCAAGGCUCCCAGACCGAUAUUCCGCUCUAGAAGUCUCCUACCAAAAUUGGUUUCUGUACCUGGGAGAACUUAGUGACCUAGAUCAAUCAAUUAAAUGCGGCACUCAUGCACUUUCACUUACUCCCGAAGGCGACCCAGAUCUGUGUGACCGGCAUAAUUCUUUAGGAGGGUCCUAUAGAAGUAGAUAUCGACGCUUAGGAAAGCUCGACGAUCUAGAUAAACUGAUCUAUCACAACUCCUGUGCACUUACACUCGCCCCUAAUGACGACCCAAAUCUGUCAAAUCGGCAUGUAAUUCUAGCGAGUUCGCAUACCGAUCGUUUCCAACGACUAGGAAAGAUAGAAGACCUCGAGAAAGCAAUGGAAUACAGCUAUCGUGCAAUGGCUCUUAUUCCAGACCAUGGCGUGAACAUAUCUGAUGAGUAUGCUGGCCUAGGCGCGUCAUACCGCGAACGAUAUCGGCGGCUUGGAGCACUCGACGAUCUCGAUGAUGCAAUUAAAUAUGAAUCUCAUGCGCUCAAAAUCACUUCUGAUGAUGAAUUCGACCUACCAGACAGGUAUGCGGCUCUAGGAAUGUCGUACAGGGAUCGACAUGAGCGCCUAGGAGAACUGAACGACCUCGAGAAAGCGAUUGAAUACGAAUCUCGUGCACUCGCUCUCGAUAAUGAAGACUUUCCGGACCGGCAUGCUGCUCUUGGAGCUUCAUAUGGCGAACGAUACCGACAGUUGGGAACACUCGAAGAUAUUGAGAGAGCUAUCAAGCACGAGUCUCGUGCACUCGCACUCACUCCUAAGGACCAUCCGGACUUACCAAAGCGAAACAGUGCUUUAGGUGUGUCGUACAGUAACCGCUACGAGCGACUUGGAAAAUUCGACGAUCUCAAGACGUCGCUCGAGUGCAACUCCCGCGCGCUUGCUCUCACCCCCGACGGGCAUCCCGAUUUGACUUCACGACACUUGCAUUGGGCCAUAUCUUGCCAUGGCCAGUAUCAGCAUACAGGUGAUUUAUCCUACUUGAAUGUAGCGCUCGCUUCUUUUCGGAAAGCCUCACAGCUAUCGACCGGGGCACCACGUGAGGUAUUCAAUAAUGCUCUUCGGUGGGCCAAGUUAGCAUCCGACCAUAGCCACCUCAACUGCAUCGAGGCUUUCCAGGCUGUCAUCGAGCUUCUCCCACAUUUUGUCUGGCUUGGGGCUACUGCCACUCAGCGAUACCAGGAUCUUUUGCUGGCCGAUAGAGUAGCAGUGAGGGCCGCGUCUGCUGCCGCCCAGUCUUCAGAGUACGACCUGGCACUUGAGUGGCUGGAGCACGCACGUUGUGUGGUAUGGAAUCAGACCCUAAUGCUCCGAUCUCCUCUAGACGACCUCGAAUCAUCCCACCCAGUCCUCGCCAAGCGGAUUCGAUCAGUCGCCCAGCAACUGCAUCGUGUUAACUUUGGGUCUAUACCGUCUCUAUCGGUUCCAAAUACACCCGAGUAUCGCCAUCGUCUUGCUGGGGAAUAUGGCGAUCUAUUAGCCGAGGUACAUUCUUUGCCUGGGUUCAAGGACUUUCUUCAGCCUAUAAAGGGCAACGACCUAAUGCGGGCUGCUCGGCACGGACCUAUUGCUGCUGUAAACUGCUACGCGGGUCACUGUGACGCGCUUUUGGUCCUACCCGACCACGAUCGAGUUCACCAUCUUGCACUCUCCAAUUUCUCUGAACAGAAAAUGAGACACGCUUGCUCGAAAAUGCAAAAGCUGCUACAACAUCAAGGGUUUAGAGACCGUGGACUGAGGCGUCCGUUGGAAGAAGCCGACUUUGACAUCGGUCCCGUACUUACAGGACUUUGGUACGACAUUGUCAAGCCAGUACUUGAUUAUCUAGGAUACAUAAAUAAUAAUUCAACUGAUAGCCUCCCGCAUGUAACGUGGUGUCCCACUGGUCCAGUAUCGUUCCUCCCGCUGCACGCAGCUGGUGACUACGAACAACCACGAUCGAGGGUGUUUGACUAUGUCAUAUCUUCCUACACACCAUCACUCAGUGCUCUACUCGUCUUACCACCAGCCUUAUCGACUCGGAACCACGCCUUUCGUGUACUUGUUGUUGGCCAAGCGAGCACCCCGGGCUGCAGUUCAUUACCUGGAACCAUUAGAGAACUUGCACAUGUCAAAUCCCAUGUGGAGUACAAAGCAAAGUACUCACAGCUCAUCGGCAGCCAAGCGACUACUGCUACUGUACUCGAUGCGAUGGACCAACACGACUGGGUCCACCUUGCUUGCCAUGCUCAUCAAAGCGUCAUUGACCCUACCAACAGCGGAUUCUUUCUACACGACGGCACUCUUGAUCUUGCAUCCAUCACCCAAAGGUCAUUCAAAAACAAAGGUCUAGCGUUUCUUUCAGCUUGCCAAACUGCCACAGGAGAUGAAGAGUUACCAGAUGAAGCAAUUCACCUUGCUUCUGGGAUGCUAAUGGCGGGCUAUGCGAGUGUGAUCGGAACAAUGUGGUCUGUGAUGGACGAGGACGCACCGUUUGUUGCUGAUAAGGUAUAUGCACAAUUAAUGAAGGGUGGAAAGAUCGGGAAUGGAGAAGCUGGUAAGGCGUUGCAUCACGCUGUUGCAGCAUUACGUGAGAGGGUUGGGGAGAACGAAUUUGGACGAUGGGUACCUUAUAUUCACAUGGGAUCCUAA